GACCCAGUGGGUUUCUUUCUUAUUAAUCUGAUCCAACAGAUAAGAGUUCAGCUCGCAUGGCUCUUAGCUAUCUCACAAAACUCAAGAAACGCACUGUUACUCUGACCCUUUCGCAUUCCGAUCUCAUCCUCCACGCCCAACUUUUCCGCUUCUCCUCCCCCGCCGAUGUCCGGCCGCAAACCACCCCGCUGGGAGGAGGAGGAGGAGGAGAGGAACAAGUCCGGGUUUUUGGUGGUAGCUCUCUGCCCCUGUCUCGUUUGCUUCAUUUUACUUCUAAUUGUCGUUUCGAUUGUUCUCGUUGUCAAGUUCCACAUCUUGUGCCACACUCCUCUCCACUCUGUAUCAUCUCUCUUGUACAAGAAACACUGCAAACCCUAGCCCCGAUUCCAUGUAAAAGUAGAGGUUUUUUUGUGGUUUCUAGUGGUUGUCUGGAUUUUCCAGCUCCAAAUCCCAGUUCAGGUAGAGGUUUCUGUGCAAUUUCAGACGGGAAUUCGGAUUCUGAUGCUGAUGUUGAGUUGGAUGAUGAGAAUGUUGGGGUUUGUAAACGUGGGAAUGUGGAGACUAAGUCGGAUCCGAAAGACGUUGAUAAUGUAUGCAAGGUGAUCGAGGAAUUGUUUGCUUUGGAUCGGAACAUGGAGGCGGUUUUGGAUGAGUGUGGGGUCAAUCUAUCUCAUGAUCUAGUUGUGGAUGUGUUGGAGCGGUUCCGCCAUGCAAGGCGGCCGGCGCUUCGGUUCUUCUGCUGGGCUGGGCAGAGGCCUGGGUACGCCCAUGACUCGAGGACAUACAAUAAGAUGAUGUUGAUACUUGGGAAGGCGAGGCAAUUCGAGACAAUGGUGGCAGUGCUUGAAGAGAUGGGUGAGAGAGGCCUACUCACAAUGGAGACAUUUGAGAUUGCAAUUAAAGCCUUUGCCGAGGCACGGGAGAGGAAGAAGGCGGUUGGGAUGUUCGAGCUGAUGAAGAAGUAUAAUUUUAGAAUUGGGGUGGAUACCGUCAACUGUUUGCUUGAUGCUCUAGGGAGAGCAAAACUUGGGAAGGAAGGUCAACUUUUGUUUGAGAAGUUGAAAGGGCGAUUCACACCAAAUUUGCGAACCUACACAGUGUUGCUAAAUGGGUGGUGCAGAGUGAAGAAUCUAAUGGAGGCGGGGAGGGUGUGGAAUGAGAUGAUUGAUAAAGGUUUUAAACCUGAUAUCGUGGCCCAUCACACAAUGCUCGAAGGGUUGGUAAGGUGUAAAAAGAAGUCUGAUGCUAUAAAGUUGUUUGAGGUCAUGAAGGCCAAGGGCCCAAGUCCUAAUGCUCGAAGCUAUACAAUCUUGAUCAGGGACUUGUGCAAGCAGAUGAAGAUGAAAGAAGCCGUUGAAUAUUUUGAGGAGAUGAUUGAUUCUGGAUGUGAACCAGAUGCUGCUGUUUACACAUGUUUGAUUACAGGGUUUGGGAAUCGAAGGAAGGUGGACAAAGUUUAUGGAUUGUUGAAGGAGAUGAAAGAAAAAGGAUGUCCGCCAGAUGCCCAAACCUACAAUGCCUUGAUUAAAUUGAUGACAAAUAGGCAAAUGCCUGAUGAUGCAGUUAGGAUCUAUAAAAAGAUGAUUGGCAGUGGUUUACAACCAACAAUCCACACUUACAAUAUGAUGAUGAAAUCCUACUUCCAGACAAAAAACUAUGAGAUGGGUCUUGCAGUUUGGGAGGAGAUGAUUCAGAAGGGUUGUUGUCCAGAUGAUAAUUCUUAUAUUGUUCUUAUUGGAGGGCUCAUAAGGCAAGGAAGACCGGAGGAGGCUUGUAGAUAUCUGGAGGAAAUGAUAGAGAAAGGUAUGAAAGCUCCUCAAAUUGAUUACAACAAGUUUGCUGCUGAUUUCUCUAGAGCAGGCAGACCUGACAUACUAGAGGAGUUGGCCCAAAAGAUGAAGUUCUCAGGAAAGUUUGAGGUCUCAAAUGCAUUUGCAAAGCGGGCUGAGAUGAUGAAGAAAAGGGUUAAGAGAAGAGAUCAUGUUUGAAAAUGGUUAGCCAUGGGCCUUGAUGCUGAUGAGUUUGGCUGAAUACUAUACUAUUUCUAUGUGGAACAGGAAAUUUGGCUACUGAUUGUGUUCUUCUUCUACGCAUGUACACUUCAGAUGUUUGAGUUGUAUAUUUUUAGUUACAUUCUUUAUUUCAGUUACUUGAAUCUCUACUCAAAUUUCAUCGAGAUGUUCUGCCAAAUGCUGUCUUAUGAAACAUGUGUCACGAUUUCUUGCCACUCCAGAUGUUUCUAUAGAUGCUUCUUCAUUAAACAUGAAUGAUUUUGUCUUUCAAUGUCAAA